AUGUGGAAGCCGAGUCCUCUUUUCACUGAGCAAUUGACAGCGUUUGAGGUGUGGCUGGAUCAUUGGUCUGAACAUAAGAAACCACCUGAGCAGCUGCCUAUUGUUCCCCAGGUUUUACUCAAUCAAUGCCAUAGGUUUCGUGCACCUGUGCUUCUUGGAAGAUUUACUGAUAUGGGUCCAUUGGUUGUUGAUUUGGCCUUGUCAGUGGGAAUAUUUCCAUAUGUUCUGAAGCUAUUGCAAACAACCACACCUAGGGAUGCAAACAGGGGCGGAUAUUGGCGGAUACUAAUACAAAAGUCUUUACCAACUGGACAUCUUCAUGCCACUACACUUGCAGAUUAUCUUGUUCACAAGGAUGCAAGCAAUGAGCUACCAAAUUCCCCAUGUGCAAAGAAGAUGAUGACACAUUGGUGUAAGAAAAAUCCACUCACCCUUUUGGUAAUUGGCUGGUCCUUAAAUGGGAAACUUGAUUCUGGAACUCUCAGUCUACCAACAUUAGAGUUUAAUUGGGUGAUUGAAGGUGAUUUUGGUUCUUGA